GCAAAAUGAGAAUGCAUGAUAUUGCAAAAAAGUUUUUUGUUUUUUUUUAUAAAAACAAGCGAAUAAUUAUUUUUACUCACAGUCUGAACAUGAACUUUUGAGACUGUGUUGUCAAAACUUUGUAAAGAGAAAAAUGUUUCUUGUUCACACAUUAAGAACGAUCGACUUUUUUCAUUAAACAUAUACUUCAAGUUCACACUUAUCAUGCGAUGCAAUUUGUGUCAGCAACACAGGAAGUUGAGGGUAGCAGCGAAAAGGAAGCUGCAUGAACUCAUCCUCCUUCAAAAGUGAAACACAGGCAAUUAAAACGCGUAAAGCGUUGUGCACUGCUAAUACACCCAGGACUGCAAAGUGGAUGGAUCCCUGAAAGGGGCACCGGAAGCCAUGUCAGGCAGAAAAUCCAAGAAGAACCAGAGACUUGGUUCCUCCCGACGAGGUCCUAAAGGUCUUAACAGAAAUACCGAGAAAGAUGAUGAUGAUGGGUUUCAGCAGAUUGCGGAGUCUGAGGAUGGGCGAAAUGAAUUUCACACCAGCACUGAUUACCAUUCAACCCAGUUUGAUCAUGCACCAACCUCAAGCAUUGAUCAACAAACAUCUCUGUUAGAAAGUCUUCCACAUGCAGGGGGUCACAAGGAUUCACUCAUGGAGACUGAACUGCCAGAACGGAAAAGAAAAAUGGGAUCGACUCGCAAGAGUGCUGGUAGGUUUAAAGUUGAGAGAAAUCUUGAUGAAGUGAGGACCACUGAAGAGUUGGAGGAAGAAUAUGUAACUCGACCAAACACAUCAACCACUGAAGAAGAACAAUCAAGGCCAAUGAGUUUUCCUUCUGAUUUAUCCAAUUCAGGAUUGGGAAAGGAGCCUGGAACAGCUCUUACGUUUGUGGUUUCAGAAAAUGAAGAAAAAGAUGCAGCCCACCGUCAAGAAAUAACUUCUUAUUCCCAUGCGGUAGUAAGUGAUAUGCCUACAGACGAGGCAAUGGGGACAUCUGUCCAUUCUUUUGCAGUCACAGCUGAAAGUGAUUUGUUUGAUGAACCAAAAACACUUUGUCUGCAAGAAAUCCCAACAGCCAGUACCUCUGGACAAAAAAAAAAGAUGGGCUCAACCCGCAGACCUCUCGGAGGGAAAAACAGUGUGCAAGAACAUUCAAGAAACAUGACAGAGAAUGAAAGGAAAGCAGAAGUCAUGGGCGAAGCAAACUUGAAAAUGUCAGAAGAGAUGGUGCAAGAAUGGAAUGAUGUGGCAAGAGAUGAUCCAUCAUCCCACACAGAUUCAGCGUUGGUUUCAAAUCAGAAUUUACUAGCGGAGAGAGCCGAGCUGAAAGAGACUGAUAUUUCAGCUGGAACUGAAACUAUGAACCAAACAGUUGCUUCUCCUCUAGUAGUUUCAGAAAAGCCCCUACCUGAAACAUCUCACCACUAUGGGACUCCAUUACUCAAUGAGGAAUUGGAUUUUAAGUUUGGUUCACACACUGAGGAUUUUGAUGUUCUAAACAAAGAUGCAGGAAGUGAUAACAGUUAUGUGCUUGAUACAAGAAAAGAUACUAACACAUCUUACCACUUUAGAGAUGUAAACACAGAAACCAAGGAGGAGGUUCUAAAGCAGAAAGGGGAACUAUCUAUAAAUGAUCAAAUGAGUAGUUUAUUACCAAAACAGGAUACACAAUUAGAGGAACUUGCUUUACAUGAUCAAGAAUCUUCGUUAAGCCAACACGAUCUAGAUAAUAACUGCAAUUCUUCUAUGCCUCAACUUAUAGUGGGAGGAAGUAGAAGUUUUGAUGUGCAUCUGUCUAAUAUUAGCCAUGAUGAGCCCACAACAACCGAUAUACCACAUGAGAUUAGUGAUGCUGUUGUAGAAAAGGAACAAGGAAAUAAUCUUUGUAAUGUUGCUGCAGUAGCAUGUGAUACUCUGACUGACUUAAAGUCUAUUACGGAAGAAGAUGAAGAUCCCCAAAUUUUAGCAACGAGAGAAAAUGAGAAUAUGAGUGAUGAAAGAGGAUCUGAAACAGAAAAUGCAUUUGAAAUGACAGGCCAGGAUGAUGCAAGAGAUCACAGUGUAACACAAAUAAUAAUGGAUGUAAGAGAUAAUGAAAAAGAUGGAGAAACAAUCACAGAGACCAUUUGGAUUUCACACCAGACAGCGUCUGAAGUUUCAGCUGAAAAAGAGGAAAAAUGUAGAGAACAAGUGCAAUAUUCAUCGAAUAUAUCUCAAACACACAGUCCACCACAAGAUGAUGCUGGGAAGAUGCCAGAAAAUGAUGAGGUUACAAAUGACAAAAAAGAGACUGAGAGUACUGCAUCUGAUGAUGUGACCUCAAAGUCAGAGGAAAUGUUUAGUUUUGAAGACUCAGCAACAGAUACAGGAUCUCACACAUACCAACUGUUCACGCAAUCUCCUUAUAAAGAAAGCUAUGACUUACAUGAACGUGUGAGUGAGAAAAGUGAAAAGAAAGAAAUAUUUUUCAGUGUAGAAGCAGAGAAUGCAUCUUUUGAUAGAGGUGAUAUGAGAAGUGAAGGAACAGAAGGAAUUAAGGAGAUGGAUGCAGCACCUGUUGUGAUAUUAGAUGUGGACACUAAAGAUAGUGAAUCAGAAAACCCAGAGCAAAACAGAGCAUUAACAGAGGAGCAAACUGAUACAUCCUCUGAUACAAAACUGCAAGUGUCACAGGUAUUGGAUAAUGUUUCUACUGUGAUUGAUUCGGGUCUCCUUUUCCAUGAUGUUAUCGAUGUAAGUUCAGGGGAGAGAGAGAGAGUUCCUGAGAAAAGUGAUAUCAGCUCUUUCAUUCCUCACGAUUCUCAAGAUUUUUACAAGCCUACAACAUGUCAUCCAGAGUCCCAAGAAAAUACUGGAGAUCCUGAAAGAGUAGCAGUAGGGGGAGACACAGACCUACAUUUAGAUAUUGAAGCACAGAACAAAACAUUUGACUUAACCAGUGAAGCAGAAGGAACAGAAAAGAACAUGCAAGAUGCUAGUGUUUUAGCGAGAGAAGUUGAAGUUAUUGCAGAUACAGUUACAGUGGAGAGUAAUAUGACUGCUGAAUUAGAUUUUCUUCAAACUUCUCCUGAUGUACACGUGGAAGCAUUAAAUUUAUCUGAAAAAGCUGAGAAAGAAGUUUCAGGAGAAACAGACACAAUUCUUAAGCAAAGUGACAUCAACAUCAUUCCUGAAGAUUCUCAUGGAGAGGAGUCACACUCAAAAUCAAGUCCAGUUAUUCACAAGAGAAAAAUGGGCUCAACUCGUAGACCUCUCAAAGGGAAUAAAGGACGAAGAAAAGAAAUGGAACAUCAUGAUGAAAAUGAGACACUUGACAGUGAAGGAAUGAUCAAUAUAGAGAAAGAAACCUUUAGUUUGGAGGAUGAACCCAGUCCAGAUGAAUCUACAUUACAAAGUUUAAAAGAUGAAGUUAAAGAACAGGAGGUGGAAAUAAGUGAGGAGAAUGAUGUUGGUCCUGUUGAAGAGUCUGAAUCUGCUCUCCUGCAGUCAUCAUGUAGUUCAGAUUUAGUGUCUGAGGAAUCCACUACAAUAAGUAUCUGUCACGUCACAGAAUCACAAGACCUCACAAAAAUGAACGAAGAGUCCCAGGAAAAUCCUGGAGAUGUUGAAAGAGUGCAAGCAGACCUACAAUCAAAAAUUGACUUACAAAAUGAAACAUUUGACAUAACAACCAGUGAAGUAGAAGGAACAGAAGAGAACAUCCAAGAUGUUAGUGUUACGUUAGUCAGAGAAGUUGAAGUUAUUGGAGAUACAGUUACAGUAGAGAGUAAUUUGACUACUGAGUCAGAUUUUCUUCAAAUUUCUCCUGAUGCACAUGUGGAAGCAUUGAAAGUAUCUGAAAAUGCUGUAAAAGAAGUUUCAGGAGAAACAGACACAAUUCUUGAACACAGUCACAUUAGCAUCAUUCCUGCAGAUUCUCAUGGAGAAGAGACACACUCAAAAUCAAGUCCAAAAGUUCACAAGAGAAAAAUGGGCUCAACUCGUAGACCUCUCAAAGGGAAUAAAGGACGAAGAAAAGAAAUGGAACAUCAUGAUGAAAAUGAGACACUUGACAGUGAAGGAAUGAUCAAUAUAGAGAAAGAAAAGAUUGAUUUGGAGGAUGAACCCAGUCCAGAUGAAUCUACAUUACGAAGCUCAAAAGAUGAAGUUAAAGAACAGGAGGUGGAAAUAAGUGAGAAGAAUGAUGUUGGUCCUGUUGAAGGGUUUGAAUCUGCUCUCCUGCAGUCAUCAUGUAUUUCAGAUUUAGUGACUGAGGAAUCCACUGCAAUAAGUAUCUGUCAUGUCACAGAAUCACAAACCCUCAUAAAGAUUAAUGAAGAAUCCCAGGAAAAUGCUGGAGAUGCUGAAAAUGUGCCAGCAGAGGAAGACAAACAAUUACAAAUAAAAAUCAACCCACAGAAACAAACGUUUGACUUAACAACCAGUGAAGCAGAAGGAACAGAAGAGAACAUCCAAGACAUUAGCAUUACGUUAGUCAGAGAAGUUGAAGUUAUUGCAGUUAUUGGAGAUACAGUUACAGUGGAGAGUAAUAUGACUACUGAAUCAGAUUUUCUUCAAACUUCUUCUGAUGCAAACAUUGAAGCAUUGAAAUUAUCUGACAAUACUGAGAAAGAAGUUUCAGGAGAAACAGACACUAUUCUUGAACAAAGUGACAUCAGCAUCAUUCCUGCAGAUUCUCACAGAGAAGAGACACACUCAAAAUCAAGUCCAGUUAUUCACAAGAGAAAAAUGGGCUCAACUCGUAGACCUCUCAAAGGGAAUAAAGGACGAAGAAAAGAUCAUGAUGAAAAAGAAAUUUUGGAAGAUGAACCCUGUGCAGAUCUGUCUGGAUAUACUGCAGUGAGUAUCUGUGACAUUUCAGAAUCACAAACCCUCACAAAAAUUCAUGCAGGCUCCCAGGAAAAUACUGGAGAUGUUGAAAUAGUGCAGGCAGAGGAAGACAAAGACUUGCAAUUAAAAAUCGACUCACAGAACAAAACGUUUGACGUAACAACCAGUGAAGCAGAAGGAACAGAAGAGAACAUCCAUGAUGUUAGUGUGACGUUAGUUAGAGAAGCUGAAGUUUUUGGAGAUACAGUUACAGUGGAGACUAAUAUGCCUACUGAAUCAGAUGCACAUAUCGAAGCAUUGAAAGUAUUUGAAAAUGCUGAGAAAGAAAUUUCAAGAGAAACAGACAAAAUUCCUGAACAAAGUGACAUCAGCAUCAUUCCUAAAGAUUCUCAUGGAGAGGAGGCACACUCUGUAGAUACACUUACAUUGGAAAGUAAUAUGACCACUGAGUCAGAUUUUCUUCAAACUUCCCCUGAUGCACACAUUGAAGCACUGCAAAUAUCUGAAAAUACUGAGAAAGAGGUUUCAGGAGAAAAAGACACAAUUCCAGAACAGUGUGACAUCAGCAUCAUUCCUGCAGAUUCUCACAGACAAGAGACACACUCAAAAUCAAGUCCAGUUAUUCACAAGAGAAAAAUGGGCUCAACUCGUAGACCUCUCAGAGGGAAAAAUGAACAAAGAAAAGAAAUAGAACAUCGUGAUGAAAAUGAGACAUUUGAAUUUGAAAGUGUGAUCAAUGUAGAGAAAGAAACAUUUAGCUUAGAGAAUGAACCCAGUACAUAUGAAUCUACAAUACAAAGCUCUGCAGAUAAAGCUAAAGAACAGAAGAUAGGAAUACAGGAGGAGAAUGAUGUUGGUCCUGUUGAAGGGUCUGAAUCCACUGACCCGCAGAUAUUAUGUAGUUCAGAUGUAGUGUCUGAGGAAACCACUGCAGUAAGUAUCUGUCAUGUCACAGAAUCACAGACCAUCACAAAAAUGAGUGAGGAAUGCCAGGAGAAUGCUGGAGAAGCUGAAAGAGUGGCAGCAGAGGAAGACAAAGAUAUACAAUUAAAAACUGACUCACAGAAUAAAACAUUUGACUUAACAACCAGUGAAACAGAAGAGAAUGUUCAAGAUGUUGGUGUGAUGUUAGUCAGAGAAAUUGAAGUUACUGGAGAUACAGAUACAGUAGAGAGUAAAAUGACUGCGGAGCCUGAUUUUCUUCAAACUUCUCCUGAUGCAAUGGAAGCAGUGAAAGUAUCUGAAAAUGCUGAGAAAGUAGUUUCAGGAGAAACAGACACAAUUCUUGAACAAAGUCACAUCAAUAUCAUUCCUGCAGAUUCUCACAGAGAAGAGACACACUCAAAAUCAUGUCCAGUUAUUCAUAAGAGAAAAAUGGGCUCCACUCGUAGACCUCUCAAAGGGGAAAAAGGACAAAGAAAAGACCAUGAUGAAAAAGAAAUCUUCAUUUUGGAGGAUGAACCCAAUCCCAAUGAAUCCAGACAUACUGCAGUGAGUAUCUGUGACAUUUCAGAAUCACAAACUCUCACAAAAAAUUAUGCAGGAUUCCAGGAAAAUACUGGAGAAAUAGCGCCAGCAGAGGGAGACACAGAACCACACAUAGAAAACAAAACCUGUAACUUAACAGCAUUUGAAGGAGAAGCAACAAAAGAGAACAUCUUUGAAGCUGGUGUUGUAGGCAAAGACAUUGAGUUUAUUGGAGAUACAGUUGUAGUGGAGAGUAAUAUGACUACUGAGUCAGAUGAUUUAAUACAAAAUGACACUUUCACUGAAGCAAAACUGGAAGCAUUAAAAGUAUCUGACAAUGCUGAGCAUGAAGUUCUAGAGGAAACAGAUGCAACUCCCAAGCAAAGUGACACCACUAUCAUUUCUGAAGAUACUCAUGGAGAGGAGGCACACUCAAAAUUGCAUCCAGUUGUUCACAAGAGAAAAAUGGGCUCAACUCGUAGACCUCUCAGAGGGAAAAAAGGACAAAGAGAAGAAGUAGAACAUCAGGAUGAAAAUGAGACUCUUAACAGUGAAGGUAUGAUCAAUGCAGAGAAAGAUACCUUUAGUUUAAAGGAUGAACCCAGUCCAGAUGAAUCUACAUUACAAAGUUUAAAAGAUGGAGCUAAAGAACAGAUGAAAAUAAGUGAGAAGAAUGAUGUUGGUCCUGUUGAAGAGUCUAAAUCCACUGACCUGCAGUCAUCAUCUAGUUCAGAUUUAGUGUCUGAGGAAUCCACUACAAUAAGUAUCUGUCAUGUCACAGAAUCACAAACUCUCACAAAAAUUAAUGAAGAGUCCCAGGAAAGUACUGGAGAUGUUGAAAGAGUGGCAGCAGAGGAAGACAAAGACUUGCAAAUAAAAAUCGACUCACAGAACAAAACGUUUGACAUAACCAGUGAAGCAGAAGGAACAGAAGAGAACAUCCAAGAUGUUAGUAUGGUGUUAGUUAGAGAAGUUGAAGUUAUUGCAGAUACAGUUACAGUGGAGACCAAUAUGACUACUACGUCAAAUUUUCUUCAAACUUCUGAUGCACACGACGAAGCAUUUAAAGUAUCUGAAAAUACAGAGAAAGACGUUUCAGGAGAAACAGACACAAUUCCUGAACAAAGUGACAUCAGUGUCAUUCCUGCAGAUUCUCACAGAGAAGAGACACACUCAAAAUCAAGUCCAGUUAUUCAUAAGAGAAAAAUGGGUUCAACUCGUAGACCUCUCAAGGGAAAAACAGGAAGAAGAGAAGAUCAUGAUGAAAAAGAAAUCUUUAAUUUGAAGGAUGAACCCAGUAUGGGUGAAGAACAGAUGGAAAUACGUGAGGGGAAUGAUGUUGGUCCUGUUGAAGGGUCUGAAAUCUUCAUUUUGGAGGAUGAACCCAAUCCAGAUCAAUCUGGAUAUACUGCAGUAAGUGAUAUUUCAGAAUCACAAACCCUAACAAAAAUGAAAACAGUGUCCCAGGAAAAUACUGGAGAAAUAGCACCAGCAGAGGAAGACACAGAACCACACUUAGAAAACAAAACGUUUGACUCAACAGCAUUUGAAAGAGAAGCAACAGCAGAGAACAUCUGUGAAGGUAGUGUUGUAGUCAGAGAAGUUGCGUUUAUUGGAGAUACAGUUAUAGCGGAGAGUAAUGACACUAAAAGUGACACAAAAGUAUCUGACAAUGGUGAGCGUGCAGUUUCAGAAGAAACAGAUGCAACUCCCAAGCAAAGUGACACCACUAUCAUUCCUGAAGAUACUCCUGGAGAGGAGGCACAUUCAAAAUUGCAUCCAGUUGUUCACAAGAGAAAAAUGGGCUCAACUCGUAGACCUCUCAGAGGGAAAAAAGGACAAAGAGAAGAAAUAGAACAUCAGGAUAAAAAUGAGAUUCUUGAUAGUGAAGGUGGGAUCAAUGCAGAGAAAGAUACCUUUAGUUUAAAGGAUGAACCCAGUCCAGAUGAAUCUACAUUACAAAGCACAAAAGAUGGAGAAAAAGAGCAGAUGGAAAUAAGCAAGAAGAAUGAUGUUGGUCCUGUUGAAGGGUCUGAAUCCACUGACCUGCAGUCAUCAUCUAGUUCAGAUUUAGUGUCUGAGGAAUCCACUACAAUAAGUAUCUGUCACGUCACAGAAUCACAAACUCUCACAAAAAUUAAUAAAGAGUCCCAGGAAAAUACUGGAGAUGUUGAAAGAAUAGCAGCAGAGGAAGACAAAGACUUACAAUUAAAAAUCAACCUACAGAACCAAAUGUUCGACUUAACAGAAGCAGAAGGAACAGAAGACUUUAGUGUGACAUCAGUCAGAGAAGUUGAAGUUAUUGGAGAUACAGUUACAGUGGAGAAUAAUAUGACUACCAAAUCAGAUUUUCCUCAAAUUUCUCCUGAUGCAAAUGUGGAAGCAUUGAAAGUAUCUGAAAAUGCUGAGAAAGAAGUUUCAGGAGAAACAGACACAAUUCUUGAACAAAGUCACAUCAGCAUCAUUCCUGCAGAUUCUCACAGAGAAGAGACACACUCAAAAUCAAGUCCAGUUGUUCCCAAGAGAAAAAUGGGCUCAACUCGUAGACCUCUCAAAGGGAAUAAAGGACAAAGAAAAGAUCAUGACGAAAAAGAAAUUUUGGAGGAUGAACCCAAUAAGGAUGAAUCUAGAUAUACUGCAGUGAGUGAGAUUUCAGAAUCACAAACCCUCACAAAAAUUCAUGCAGGGUCCCAGGAAAAUAUUGGAGAUUUUGAAAUAGUGCCAGCAGAGGAAGACAAACACUUACAAUUAAAAAUCGAUUCACAGAACAAAAUGUUAGACAUAACAACCAGUGAAGCACAAGGAACAGACGAGAACAUCCAUGAUGUUAGUGUGACAUCAGUCAGAGAAGUGGAAGUUAUUGGAGAUACAGUUACAGUGGACAGUAAUAUGACUACUGAGUCAGAUUUUCUUCAGACUUCUGAUGCACACGUCGAAGCAUUGAAAGUACCUGAAAAUACUGAGAAAGAAGUUUCAGGAGAAACAGACACUAUUCCUGAACAAAGCCACAUCAAUAUAAUUCCUGCAGAUUCUCACAGAGAAGAGACACACUCAAAAUCAUGUCCAGUUAUUCAUAAAAGAAAAAUGGGCUCAACUCGUAGACCUCUCAAAGGGAAUAAAGGACAAAGAAAAGAUUGUGACGAAAAAGAAAUUUUGGAGGAUGAACCCAAUCUAGAUGAAUGUAGAUAUACUGCAGUGAGUGACAUUUCAGAAUCACAAACCCUCACAAAAAUUCAUGCAGGGUCCCAGGAAAAUAUUGGAGAUUUUGAAAUAACACCAGCAGAGGGAGACACAGAACCAUGCAUAGAAAACAAAACCUUUGACUCAACAGCAUUUAAAGGAGAAGCAACAGAAGAGAACAUCUGUGAAGAUAGUGUUCUAGGCAAAGAAAUUGAGUUUAUUGGAGAUAAAGUUACAGUAGAGAGUAAUAUGACUAUUAAGUUAGAUUUGCUUCAAAAUGACACGUCCACUGAUGCAAAACCAGAUGCAUUGAUUUCUGAAAUUGCUGAGAUUUCAGGAGAAACAGACACAAUUCUUGAACAAAGUGGCAUCAGCAUCAUUCCUGCAGAUUCUCACAGAGAAGAGACGCACUCAAAAUCAAGUCCAGUUGUUCACAAGAGAAAAAUGGGCUCAACUCGUAGACCUCUCAAAGGGAAUAAAGGACGAAGAAAGGAUCAUGAUGAAAAAGAAAUUUUGGAGGAUGAACCCUGUGCAGAUCUGUCUGGAUAUACUGCAGUGAGUAUCUGUGACAUUUCAGAAUCACAAACCCUCACAAAAAAUCAUGCAGGGUCCCAGGAAAAUACUGGAGAUGCUGAAAGAGUGGAAGCAGACCUAAAAUUAAAAAUCGAUUCACAGAACAAAACGUUUGACAUAACCAGUGAAGCAGAAGGAACAGAAGAGAACAUCCAAGAUGUUAGUGUUACGUUAGUCAGAGAAGUGGAAGUUAUUGGAGAUACAGUUACAGUGGACAGUAAUAUGACUACUGAGUCAGAUUUUCUUCAGACUUCUGAUGCACACGUCGAAGCAUUGAAAGUACCUGAAAAUACUGAGAAAGAAGUUUCAAGAGAAACAGACACAAUUCCUGAACAAAGUCACAUCAAUAUCAUUCCUGCAGAUUCUCACAGAGAAGAGACACACUCAAAAUCAAGUCCAGUUAUUCAUAAAAGAAAAAUGGGCUCAACUCGUAGACCUCUCAAAGGGAAUAAAGGACAAAGAAAAGAUUGUGACGAAAAAGAAAUUUUGGAAGAUGAACCCAGUCUAGAUGAAUCUAGAUAUACUGCAGUGAGUGACAUUUCAGAAUCACAAACCGUCACAAAAAUUCAUGCAGGGUCCCAGGAAAAUAUUGGAGAUUUUGAAAUAACACCAGUAGAGGGAGACACAGAACCACACAUAGAAAACAAAACCUUUGACUCAACAGCAUUUAAAGGAGAAGCAACAGAAGAGAACAUCUGUGAAGAUAGUGUUCUAGGCAAAGAAAUUGAUUUUAUUGGAGAUACAGUUGUAGUGGAGAGUAAUAUGACUACUGAGUUAGAUUUGCUUCAAAAUGACACUUCCACUGAUGCAAAACCAGAGGCAUUGAUUUCUGAAAUUGCUGAGAUUUCAGGAAAAACAGACACAAUUCUCAAACAGAGUGACACCAACAUAAUUCCUGAAGAUCCUCAUGGAGAGAAGCUACACACAGAAGUGAGUUUAAAUGCUCACAAGCGAAAAAUGGGAUCAACUCGUAGACCUCUCAGAGGGAACACAGGACAAAGAAAAGUGGGAGUUCAUUUCAAGGAAAAGAAUGGAGAUGACGAAGGAGUAUCAGAAGAGGAAGUCACAGAAACACACUCAGAAAUUCAAAACCAGGAUAAUGUGGUUGGUCACAAUGUGACACAAGACAUUAUGUAUAUAAGAGAUAAUGAAGAUGAGGAGCAAAAGACCAUGAAGACAGUGGACAUGUCGGUGCUGGAGCUAUGUGAUGCUUUGGAACUAAAGCAAAGAUCAGAUGGUCCAUCACAGGAUGAUACUGUCUCACAUGAAACCCAAAUUCAUGUGUCAUCUGAUGAUAUUCCUCCAACAAAGGUGGUUGAAAUGCAUUCAGACUCCAAAAGGUCUACGCAGAAGAGAAAAAUGGGAUCAACUCGGAAAAGAGGGAAGAGGAUGGUGAAUGAAGAGGAGGUUGAAGUAGAGAAAGAGGGAGAAGCUGAAAAUACAACUGAUGAUGGGACCACAAAGUCAGAGGAGAAUUUACCUAUUGAAGAAGCCAUUACAGGAUCGUCUGUACAUCAGCAACUGUUUAGUUUAUAUGUUAAUAAAGAAAGCCAUGACAUUCAGGAUAUUGUUAGUAAAUCAGAAAUCUCAGAACAAAGUGAUCCAAGUUCUACCAUAAAUCCAGAACUACUGAUAGAAUCUGAAUGUUCUUCAAAAACUGCUGCUGAGAUGGUUUCAGACCUUCCAUUGGGAGAUGUUGAGACAUACUUAGUUCCUAAACAAAGUGUCAUUCCUAAAAAGUCUCAUAGAGAAGAUCAAUCAGACUUGAAUCCAGUUGUUCAAAAACGAAAAAUGGGGUCAACACGUAGGACACUCAGAGGAAACAAAGGGCAGGGAAGACAAGGAGAACCCCAAAAGAUGGAUAGAGAUAUUGAAGAAAUGACACAGGAACAGGAUACAGAACCAUAUUUAUCAACCAGUGCAAGAAAAACUGAAAGUAAAUUUGAUGAAGAGGUAAACAAAACUUCCUUGUUGUUGCUUCAAACUUGUUUCCUGAAUCAGAAAAUAAAGUGA